UACAUUAGAACAUUUUAAUAUUGCUUUCUGUUAAAUAUCGUUGUCAUUAUUAUAAUCUGCUGCAUUACUAGCGGUAUUAAUGUUAUGAUUAUAAUUGAUAUAAAAAUAAUUAGUAUUAUAUUCAAUUAAGAUGCCCGUGCUAAGCAGUAACUUGAAACAUUCAAUAAAUUUAUCGUUGACCGACUUAUCUACAAAGCUGAGUAAUAAACAAGAUGAAUUCGAUCGUGCGCCUACAGUGAGCGAAGAGAAGUACGAUUCCAAAGUUUUGAUAGGAAAUUGGUUUAACCGUCGCGCAUCUUACAUACCUUCUAAUAAGUGGAUAACAAACACACAAACAAUAUAUAAGCAACAUUAUAAAUCUUAUGAUAUUGACAUAUACAAGAAAAAUCAAGUACCAUUUUGGAAUAAUAAAAUCAAAAAUGAGGGUUUAUUCAAAGGUACCUUAAUGAAUCAUCAUGGAAAGUCAUAUUACAACAACAUGACCACAACAUAUGAUUUAAGCUAUAGAAUUCUACCUACGCAAUCACAAAAAUCACAUUUAAGGAUUUACAAUAUAAGGUGGUUACCAGAACAAGAUUUAACAGAAAAUUUUGGAAAUUUGACAAAAAUUGGUAUAAAGGAUGUAUUACAAAUUUGGUGGGACAGUACUUCAAAUGAAGCAACACAAUUUUGCAGAUGGAGAACUACGUAUCAAGAUGAGUACAAAGCUCAUGAUAUUUCACUUGUAAAGAAAAAGUUUCAUAGACAACAAGUGAACAUGAAUGUACCAUAUUUAAAUAAUCUUGGCCAUAUUGAUGACUAUUCGAAUAGUUGUCCAAUUACUUUUAAAAACUCAAGUAGUAAAAUUGUAAAUUAAAAUCAAUACAUCUACUAAGGUAUUUUUUUUGCAUCAUACUUCUAAGAAAUAAU